AUGGCCACUACGGAUGAUGAAAAGCACCCCAAGUUCGAGGCUCCAGGGUCCCCAGAUGUGGCGUCCCAAGAGUUCAUCGAGAAUGCGGAUGGCCUUCAGCGACGACUUAACAAUCGUCAAAUCCAACUAAUAGCCAUCGGUGGCUCGAUUGGUACUGCUCUCUUCGUCAGCAUCGGAAGUGGACUUUCCACAGCCGGGCCGGGCAGCCUUUUCUUGGCUUAUGCUCUGUAUUCCAUGGUUCUCGGAUUGGUAAACAACUCUCUCGCAGAGAUGACUGUCUAUAUGCCCGUGUCCGGAGGUUUUAUUCGUCUUGCAGGUCACUGGGUCGAUGAUGCUUUGGGAUUCAUGGCCGGCUGGAACUUCUUCCUGUACGAAGCUCUGCUAAUUCCCUUUGAAAUCACGGCACUCAACCUUGUCAUCUCCUUUUGGGACGAGAAUAUCACCAAUCCGGGCCCGACUGCUGGUAUUUGUGCCGCCGUUAUCGUUUGCUAUGCUCUGCUAAACGUCCUCGCUGUGAAAGCCUACGGUGAAGCGGAAUUUUACCUAUCCGGUGGAAAGGUUAUUCUCAUCUUCAUCCUCUUCUCCUUCACCUUCGUGACUAUGGGCGCCCUUGGCCGCUUCGAAGGUUUUCUGACCGGCCUUUGGAGUGCAGCUUUCGCCGUCGUCGGACCCGAGUAUAUUUCCAUGGUAGCGGCCGAAGCUCAGCGCCCUCGAACAUACAUCAAGACCGCCUUUAAGACCAUUUACAUUCGCUUUGGCGUUUUCUUCAUCGGCAGCGCCUUGGCAGUCGGCAUCAUUCUUCCGUACAAUGACAAGACGCUGGCCGACCUGGUCAGUGGCGGAAAGGGCAGCGGCACUGCAGCGGCUUCGCCAUACGUCAUUGCCAUGCAAAACAUGGGUGUCUCCGUGCUGCCUCAUAUCGUCAAUGCCCUCAUGAUGACAUCCAUUUUCUCUGCUGGCAACACAUAUACCUACUGUGCGACCCGAUCACUGUACGGUUUGGCUCUCGAGGGCCGUGCGCCCCGAUUCCUUCGCAAGUGCACGAGCAAGGGUGUGCCCAUCAAUGCCUUUUUGGUCGUCAUGUGCUUCCCAUUCCUAUCCUUCCUUCAAGUUGGCAACGGCUCUGCUGUCGUGCUCGACUGGUUGGUCAGCCUGAUUACUGCUGGCGGAAUUAUCGACUACCUCGUCAUGUCGCUUACAUAUCUCUGGUUCUACAGAGCCUGCAAGGCCCAAGGUGUUGACCGGAAGUCACUCCCCUAUGUUGGCUGGGGGCAGCCCUACUGCGCCAUUAUCGCCCUCGUUAUUCAGCUUCUGGUGGUUGGAGGAUACGGAUACGAGGCCUUCAUGCCUUGGGACGUCUCAGCUUUCUUCCGCAACUACACCAUGCAGCUUCUGGCACCUAUCCUCUUCAUCUUCUGGAAGGUGGUGAAGCGCACUCGAGUAGUCCGUCCCAGUGAGCUGGAUCUUGUCUGGCAAAAACCAACUAUUGACGCCUACGAAUCACACUUUGUCGAGCCCCCGACUGGAUUCUGGACCGAGAUGCUGCAGUUGGUUGGAAUCAAGCGCAACAAGAACGCGGCUUUCGUUGUGGCGUAA